AUGGCGAUGAUGACUGGCCGUGUGCUGCUGGUGUGUGCCCUCUGCGUGCUGUGGUGCGGUGCCGGCGGUAGCUGUGAAGAGGAGGCAGGAGCUCCUGUGAGUGGUGGUGUACCUCCGCCGGCAGCCAAAGAGCUUGAAACGGCUGGACAAGGCACCAAAAACUUAAAAGUUGGAUCACCAGAUAUUGAAGGAAAAGUGAUACCUGCACCUUCCCCUCCCACAGAGGAAGCUGAAGAUGAAGACAGUGAUGAGGAAGAAGAAACGGCGGAAGAAACGGAAAAGGAUAAAAAAGGCGAAAAAGAAAAAAAUAAGUUACACCCCCAGACACACGAGAGUCAAAAUAAUGAGGGGGCACCACCACCGCCACCAACGAUACCAUCGGGUGGACCUGCACCAUCAUCAACAGCAGGUGAAGGAGGCCCACUACCAGAUCAAGAAAACUUACAGAAAUUAAACAAAGCAAAGAAAGAAAACACACCGUCAAGAUCCAAAACGGACUCAGAAGCACCGGAACCACCUCCAGGGGAUGCUACACAAGGGCAGCACAAUCACGACACAGACACAAAGGAUUCGACGAAGAAUGCAGCAGCCGGCAGUCCAGCGGAAACAACAACAACCUCAUCUACCUCUACAAGUGGCAGCGGUGAUCAUGCACAGAAUAAGGCAGAUGAGGUUGAUGCUCAAAGCUCUGAAGAACAACACGAGAGCCUUGAAAUUGGCAACUCCAACGUUGUUCCACCACUCAGUGAGAGAGCACCAAAAACAGCGAGGACAACCACUGACGCUCAAACAAAUGGUACGGUGACAAAGGUUGGCGAAAGUGACGGCAGCACCGCGGUCUCCCACACCACCUCCCCUCUUUUGCUUCUUCUUCUUGUUGCGUGUGCGGCUGCGGCGGUGGCCGCGUGA